AAAAAAAAAAAAAAAAAAAAAAAGCUCGCGGGGGUUCCGCUUUGGCGUACUGUACACAAUACGCGCCCCUUGCUCGGCUGCUACGCUGUAACUGUUUGCCACGCGCUGUUUCCUGAGGAAUCCAGGAACAAGCGCAAGCGACGCAAGAUCACAAGAUGUCGGCUGCCCACUUCGGCAUGAGUGGUGCUCCCGCAAAAGGCAAGUGAUGUUGUUGCUCGUGGUAUUGCGAAAUUGAAUCGCGGCCUCUGAGUGGUGCGCAUAGGAAAAUAAAUCUCCGGAGUAUCGAAAAAAUAACGUCACUGUCGGCUUUCGUCCUUCACCAGAACCAACUAGCUCGGUACUUCCCCGCGUGCCAAGUAUCCACCGGUACUUCAGCCCAGGUCCUUUCACGGUUCACCGCGCUUCAAUCCAGGGGGGGAAGCGCGAGGAUGCCUUGCAGAAUGGGGCCGUCGACUGACUGAUGUCAGACAGGGCAACGCCGUUCAUCACCCCCUAAACGUUUCGUUUUAUGCCAAAAGCACGUGCGCUAAUGCCAACCGGCCCCCAAUGCUAAAUAACAUAUAACUUCUGCCUUCUCCCCCCCGGGGCUAAUCAUCUGAGGAUCUACAGCCGACAUGCUCCCUUGAUCGUCUUGACCGGCCAGCCGUCGACGAAAUUCAAGAUGCUCUCACUCAAGGCCGUGUUGAGAUUCGCCUCAGUGGCUGUCGCCGUCGUCCUCCCGACGUUGGCACAGGCCCAGGCGCCGGAACCCUCUCUCUCGGUCCGCUCCCCCCCUGUGAGCUACAACAACACGCUGGUGAAGCAGCGCGCCGAUCCCCAGAUCCUCAAGCACACCAAUGGACGCUACUACUUUAUCGCCACCGUUCCCGAGUAUGACCGUGUGGUGAUGCGCCAGGCCGACAGUAUCCAAGGCCUCAGCACGGCCGAGGAGAGGUUAAUCUGGGCUCGCUCACAGUCGAAAGCUGGAGUUGGUUACGUCUGGGCCCCUGAGCUCCACAAAAUUGGCGACAAGUGGUACAUCUACUUUGCUCUGGGUCGCACUGCUCCCUUCGACGUCCGUCCCUUUGUCCUCGAGGGCACGGGCUCCGACGACCCCAUGGCUGCCAGCUGGGCCGAGAAGGGCUUCAUCACCACCGACUUUGACACCUUCUCCCUCGAUGCUACCACGUUCGAGGUCAAUGGCGUCCGCUACCUCAGCUGGGCCCAAGCCGACCCUAGGUUCGACAAUGGUGGCGGCACCUCUCUGUUCCUCGCGCGCAUGACGAACCCCUGGACGAUCCAGCGGCCCUCCAUCGUCAUCAGCCGCCCGGACCAGCCCUGGGAGCGCAUCGGCCACAACGUCAACGAGGGUUCGUGGGGCAUGGUCAGGAACGGCAAGGUCUUUGUGACGUACUCGGCUGCGGCAACCGACGCCAACUACUGCAUGGGUCUGUUGACUGCCGACCAGAACGCCGAUCUGAUGAACCCGGCCAGCUGGAGCAAGUCCAAGGACCCGGUUUUCGUCAGCAACACUGCCACAUCGCAGUUUGGCCCUGGCCACUCGGCCUUUACCGUCUCGGAUGACAACCAAAGCGAUGUGCUCGUCUACCAUGCCAGGCAGUACAAGGACAUUCGUGGCGAGCCCCUGGACAACCCUGACCGCAUGACCCGCGUGCAGAAGCUCUACUGGCGCUCCGACGGUACCCCCGACUUUGGAAUCCCGAUCCCCGACGGACCCCACCCGGUUCGCCUCCGCUCUUCGGCCGACCAGACCCUCUACGUGGGCAUCGCCAACAACGCAGUCCAGAGCGUCAAGGACGCGCCCGUCCAGAACACGCAGUUCAAGAUUGUGGAGCCUGGCCUGGGUGGCUCCGGCACCAUCAGCUUCGAGAGCACGGCGCAGCCUGGCAAGUACCUCUCGGCGGCCAACGGCUCGGUCAGUCUGGCGACUCUCAGCAACACCAGCGAUGCCGGAGCGCGCAGCAGCGCCUCGUUCCGUCGCGUGGCUGGACUUUCGGACGCGACUGGGGUUUCGUUCGAGUCUGCCGCCCAGGCCGGGAGCUAUCUUGUGUCGGGCGGUAACGGUGCUGCUGUCUCUGUCGCGCCGUCUACUGGCGCCGAGGCUACAUUCUACUUGGAGUAAAUUUUUUUUGUCUCUCUCUCUCUCUCUGUUCUUCUCUUCUUUAGGCUGGUCUUAAAAAAACAACGGGGAAAGAUCUGAGGCGAGAUGCUCUUGGGAGGCCAUGAUGCUAUCCCAUGUGGCGCUUUUAAUGAAAAGAAAACUAAAGCUUCAAACCUCAUGACGGGUUCCAAAUAAUGGGGCGAGCAAACGGAAAGAUCAAAAUAGCCUGCUAAUGCUGAUUAUUGGUAUGAUAAUCUGUAGUUAACUAAUAUUUUUUUUAAAUGAACAAAACAUGAUGAAGAAAAC